UACACUACGACUUGUGUUUUAUACUGUAGUGAUGUUUAAUAUUUAUCUUUCGUUGUGAGGGAUCAUCUAAGACAUGUUUUUGUCUUAGGCUUGUUGUUUAUUAAUAUAACUGUUAAGAAGAUGCAGAUAAAAUACAUGUUCAUUUAGAAUUGGCACAGUUUUACUCACUGUCGAGUUGUUGGUAUUUUGAGGAACAUGGAGGCAGAUUAAUAGAAUUUUUUCGUGGGACAUAUGUGAACUUUUUAAACUGAGGAAUUUAUUAGGUCCCAAUAUGAUGUUAACUGUUGAAGGAUUUAAAUAAUUAUGUGAUGACCACUGGCCACUGGUAAAAGUAUAAUCUGUUAUGAUGGAUAUUUAAAUUAUCAUUUUGUCCUGAGAUUUAUAAUGGCCUCCUAUUCCAACAAAAGAAUACCCAUACCCGAGGGAAAAGCUAAAGAGAAAAGGAGAUCUUUUCUUCCAGCGCCUAAAACCUUCGGACUGCAAAAGGAAAAACAAGAAGAACCACGUCUUUUUUCGCCUCCACCCGAAGAUCAUGCAGAUGAGGAGUUACAUGUCGGUGAUAGAAUAGUAAUUAGUGGAGUUAAGUCGGGGACUCUGCUUUAUUUUGGAAAAACCCAUAUUGCAUCUGGAUUUUGGUGUGGAAUUGAACUUGACGAACCUGACGGAAAACAUGAUGGAUCAGUAGAAGGAGUUCGAUAUUUCGAGUGCCGUGUUGGACAUGGAAUAUUUGCUCCUGCAGAUAGAGUAUCAAAACCUGAAGGAUCUGUGGAGGAUACAACAGAGACGUUAAGACAACUACCUCAACCUAAAACCAAGGUCAGGAGACUCUUACCUCAACCUAAAGCAUUUAAUAAACCCGAAAAUAUAGAGAGUUUGUUACGUUCUAAAAUACUCGAGGAACAAGAGGAGUUUCAGUAUCGUAGUGAACCCCCCAGGAUAGCACAACAACAGAAAGCUCAUUAUCAACAAGAUUAUCUAUAUGACCGCUCAAAUUUAAACAUUGAUGAUUUGUUAACUGAACAAUAUGGAGAUUCCUGUGUGAAAAAGUUGUCAUCAACAUUUACGUUGAGCGAGGGUUCUCGUAGAUCUGAGUCAGAGGAUUUCUCUCAUAAAUCUCCAAGGAGAUCACAAAACUAUGGACAUCAGCAAUAUCAAGGACAAGGUUGUGUAAGUACUGAGCUUGAGGUGACUGGCAAUGCUUUGAAUAAUACCUAUAUCCUUCCUACUGAAAAGAUUGAACAAUUAAAUCGUAUCUAUACUGAUAGUGGCUUUAUCCUUCCUAGUGAAAAGAUUGAACAAUUAAAUCGUACCCAUAAUGAUAGUGGGUCUAGCGGCGAUGAUUCUAUUGGUCCAGAAUUAAAAGAAUGCCUUUCUUCUGAUGGCAGGAAAUAUUUUAAUUUAACUUUUGAUACUGAGGGAAAUAAUUCACCAAAACAUUUUAGUAAUUCAAGAAAUUCUGAUACAAUUCAUCAUGAAAUAUCAAAUGAGUAUGAAGUAAAGACAACUCCUGUUCCAAAAUCAAAUCAAAUGAGCGAGAGCAUGAGCUCAAGCUUAGGUGUACUUGAUUUGGAGGACGUUCUAUUCCAAACAGAGUUAUUAACUGAUGAUUUAAUCGAUUCUUCAAAUCUUACCGACAUUGAAAAAAUUGUUCAAUCUUGUGACAAAACAAAGAGGGUUGCUUCAUUAAAUGACACAUUUGAAAAUAAAAGUGUAAUCACUUCCACGCCAUUGGUGACGGAAAAAUCCAAAUCCCUGCUUGAUCGUACACGUACUAUAUCAAAUUCCAAAUCUGGUAUCAGCACUGGUAUACCUGAAGAGGUGGCACAAUUAUCUGAUGAUCAAAUCUUACAAAAUCUUAGACAUAAUUUAAAUUCAACUUUUCAGGCUGAUCAGACACGAGGUGUUGAAUUACCGAUUGUAGGAGACGAUACGCUUGACUGGAGACAAGAAGCUUCAGACUCAGAAGAGCAACAGUCUGAUGAUAGUCUAGAGGAGUCUUACAGUAAAAACCUGCUCCAAGGGUACAAUGAGAAGGGUAAUCUGAAUGUGACAUACACGUCUGGAUUAGAUGCUAAUACUAAUAGUAGUAGUAGAAAUGACAGUUUGUCUGAAAAAUUAGAGAAUCUGAGACUCGAUAAGGAAGAUAGUAUUCAUAGCAACAAGGAACUAAGUUUCCAAAAGGUUCAAAGUGGGCUAACUAGAGAACAAAUACAAAAAUUUGAUAAACCUAUGACCGAUUCUGGGAUCUCUGUCAAAGGAUUAACAGAUUCUACAAAUUCUUUACAGAGUUCAACCGAAGGUAUAAUAUAUAGACAGAGAAAACCUAUGACUGAUUCUGGAAUAUCCUUACAAAGCGAUUACGGGAUGGCAGAUUCACAGGAAAUGAGAUGGUCACAGAAUUUAGACAGUCUCCAAGAAUUAACAGAGAACUCUGGUUUAGAGGAGAAACAGUUUGGUGAUCCAACGCAACUGGAGAGAGAUUUAAAAGCAGGACAUAAGAAGAGGGACCGCCCCCUUUCUCUAAUAUCUACCACUAGUGCUGACACGGGAUAUGUGCCUGACACUGAUUCAGAAAUGGGUACUGUGACCAUGAAUUCACCAACAGAAUGGACAGACCGGAAAACAGAUGACCACAAGGUCACUGACCUAGAUCAAGCUUAUGCUGAAACUUUCAAACAUUAUCAAUCAGCCGUGUUAAAAGGUACGAGACGGGCCAAGGACCUUGAAAGUGAUUCGGACAUGUAUAGUGAUGCCGGGACUAUUAUAGCAGAUACGGAUACUCUUAGAGAGAUUUCAUCUGAUAUUGACAUUAUUUGUGGUAGUUUAAGUGAAGCAAAGGAAGUUCUGUCAGAACAAGUACCAAGUUUGGAUCUACAAAAAGUUAAGGUCCAGACUCCUGCUCCAACAGAUGAGAAUGUAGAAGAUGAGAGAAUAGAGGCUGAUCAACAAUUAGAUCUUGUAGGAGGAAAAAAUCAGGAUAAAGAUUCUGCAAAAGCUGAGAUUCCUCAAGUGAAUAUUGAGAUUGUAGAUCAAGAUGGUACAACAACAACAACAGACGAAAAGAAAGACGGAGAUGGUGAAACCGAUGCAAACAAAGAAUCUUCAAAAACUCCACGGAAAAUGACACCAAAAAAGAAAGAGUUAGAAAAAUCAGAUUACAAAAAACCUAAAGUUGCAUCAAGACUUGCUGAUUAUAUAAACCAACCAGUACCUGAAUUAAGUGAAGAAGAAAAACUAGAAAGGGCUAAAAAUAGAAAAAAUAAAUUUCAAAAGAAUGUUGUAAAAAAGGUUGAGAAAGAGGAUAAAAAUACAUCUCAUUCUGAAGAAAGACAUAAAAAGGUUGAAAAAGAACCUCCAAAAAUUAUAAAACGGACUCCUCCUAAGAGUAAGUGGGAUGCCGUAAUGAAUAAGAUUGAAAAUAACCAAAGUGCUCCUCCUAAGCCAAAAACAGAGGUGAAAAGUAAACUACAGGAAUAUCUCAGUGCACCAACUCCAGUAAAGAAAGAAACAGAAAUUAAACCUCCAAAAAAAGUUUCAAAUAUGCCAACGCCUGAUUAUAGUAAAAUAAAAAGUAAACUAAAUUUAGCAGCGCCUCCUCCUGCUUCUAAAAAGAUAGACAAUAAAAAGAAGAGUAAACUACCUGCACCUGGAAAUCUUAAACGUCAUUCUUCUGUCAGCUCUAAUGCUAGUUCUUUAAUGAAAUUGGAUUUAAAUGAUUCAGUCGGCAGCAGUAGUCAAGUGUUUGGAUCGGCCCUUACCUCGGCUAGGAGCAGUUGUUCUGAUCUACAUAAGGAGGUGUCUCAGGAUUCUAAGUCACAUGAUAGACCUUCAAAUCCAUCAGUUGGACGGUUAUCAAUGCCUGGUAAAAGAGAAAGACGAGAUAGUACUUCCAGCACUAUUUCUAAUAUAUCUCAGGGAUCAUCAUCACGAGCUGUGACAGACAGAAGUAACAAGGUUGGAGAAAGAGUGAGUCUGAGGAGGCAGUCUAUGCCAGUCAAGAGUAGUAUACCACCUCCAACUGACUUACCCAGGAAAUCAUCUGUGGCCUCUAGAAUUAACACAGGGACUAACAAAGUUAACAAAACACUUGCCACCAUCAAAGAUUUACCAUCACCAACAAAGAGAGACACCAACAGUAAUAAAAACAAAACCAAGACCAAGAAUGUACCAAAACCUAGUCACAGAACGGAGCCUGAACCUAAACUGACCCUGUCACAUGCUAAACAAGAAAUACUUCGACUUGAGGCCUUAUGUGAAAAUAGAACAAAGGAACUUAACAUAGCCAAGUUUGAGAUGAAGUCCUGUCUCUCCGGCUUCGAUGCAAUGUCAGCUCUUGUUAAUUAUCUCUCUAAUGAUCUGAAAGCCUUCUCUUGUCCCAAACUAGCAGCACAGCUACACAGAAUACAGCAACAGCUGACAGAAUCACAUACACAAACUGAUGAUUUGAAAACACACAAAUCCAGACUUGAACAAGAAAUAGCAGAUCUCUGCACCAAACAUGAACAGGAAAAACAGGGAAUGGUGGAGGAGAACGAGAAAGCUUUGGCUGCAGAGAUCGUCAAAUUUACACUGGAGAAAACAAGGGCACUUCAGAUAACUGAAGAAACUCAGAUGAAGGUUUUGAAACAACUGAAAGAAAUCCACAGUGAUGAAAUUUCGAGACUAAAACUUGAACAUACAGAAGACUACAUGAGGAUACAGAUAAAACACAAAGAUGACAUUCUACGCUUACAACAUAAACAUGAAGGUCAAAUGGAAGUCAGUUGGUACCAGAUGGCAUUGUGGGAACUUCACAAGCAACACAGAGACAAACUAGAAGAAAUCACAAAACGAUUUGAAGCAAUGAAGCUGAACUUAGCUGACAAAGUUGAGACGUUACGUACUGAAUGUGAUGAACUGAGGGUGAGAGCACGAGACAGCGAGGAGAUGUUGUUACGAGAUUCUGAUAUUAAAGUACAGAUGGCAGUAGCUAGAUAUCGACACAUGCCAGCUGAGAUAGAAAGUCUGAAACAAGUCCUAGACAUGAGGAAUGAAGAAAUCUUUAAACUAAGAAACAAAAAUAUCGAUCUUGGAAGAGCGGUGGACGAGUUGAAUGUUGCAAAAGAUAAAAUACUGGCUUUAAAUCAAAAGAUAGAGAACCUAGAGGCCAUUAUAACCAUGAAAACAGACCAUGAAAAACAAAUGAAUGAUAAAUGUCAAAUGCUGAUGAAGAAAUUUGAUAAGGAAUCUAAAGUAAACAAGAGGCUCUCUAUGGAUUAUGAAGAAUUAAUGUGGCGGAUGAGCCAAUCAGAAGGCUCCAUGGAAAAUCUCCUCAAGGUCGGCGAAUCACAAAAUCCUGGUGACACUAGUUCACCUGUGCUUAGACGUAAGACAGUGUCACCUGUUGUCAGUGAGCAAUCUCCACUAAGAAGUCCAGCAUACAGACGAUCUCUUUCGUCAAACGUUGGUGAAAAAUCUCAGGACAAAAAAUGGAAACGUAAAUCAGCAUCUUAUUUAUAUGAGGAAAAAAGAACAUCACCAAGUAGAUGUAGUCCAACGUAUCGGACACAUUUAGGGUCAGACUCAUUACCAAACAGUCCAAGAACAAAAACCUCAGGGAGGAACAAUCGCAUGUCUCAUUCUUGUAACGAUGCUGAUGUAUUUGAAGGGCCACAACCCCUGCCUUCACCAGUGGCCCCUCCCGAGUUAUCUAACUCUUUAGACAGUGAUUAUUUUACAAGUGAUAAAACAGAUUCUAGUGAUAAAGACACUUCAACAACCAUUUCUCAAUCUGAAGACUCCAUUAGCGUAACAAUUUUUGAAAAAUCAAAUGGAGUAAUGUCCCCAGACACUAACCAUGAGGACAUUUCUGAAAUGUCACACUCCACUGAUUCUAAUGGUGUAAAUUCUUUGGUUUGGGAUUACGAGAAAUUUGACUCUAGUUGUAAGUCAAUGGAAUCCAGUAGAUCAAUGGAGUCAAGUGUUGCAAGUGAUACUAUACUUGAAGGGAAUGACGCAUCAGAUAACUGUACCUUCUCUAACUCAAGCACAGUAGAGGAUAUUUCUAUGCCUCAUUCUCCUGACAAAGGAGGAGAAAUUACAAUGUCACAAGAGUGUAAUACAUUAGACAGUGUCGUUGAGUUUUCUCCUCAAAAUGAGGUCAAAGAAUCGAAGGGGGAGGAUGUUCAAUCUAAGUCAAAUAGUGAUUUACCAAAAAGUAAAAUUCCCUCAUUUAUAGGCAUGCGUGAAUCUACUGUGUAAUGACGAAGAGGGAGAGAGAGAAGAGAGAAACGACAGAAAAGAUGUUUUGCUUUGAAACUUUCAAUGUUUAUUUUUUGUCCAAAUUAAAUGUUACUUGAGAAUUUUGAAUUGAAAAUUCAGUACCUGCCAUAUUUAUUGUUUAGAUAUAGCUUUAGGCUAACCAAUAUAAACUUUUCAGCUAUAGUAAAAAUCUCUUUAUUGAAAAAGCAGAUAAAACAUUGUUUGGAUCUUGAUUUAUCGUAAAUGAUAUUAGUUAUAAUUAUGCAAUUCAAUUUUGCAAGUAAGCAAAUACAAUGUACAUGCAUUUAUUACAAAUUUAUUAAAUGUUUGAUAUUAUAGCUUUACCAUCCUACUGUACAAAACCAUUUUGACUUGAUAAAUACAUUUUUUAAUAGUAAAGCUUUUUACAGAAUGGGAUACAGACAUACAUUGGUACUAGAUACAAAUAAACAUUCCUUGGAUAUUCUUACUAUGUUCCAGGGCUGGACAUUAUAUAUUGAGACAUGUUGUUCAAAAGACCAUUCUAUUAUUUUGAAGAGUAAUUAAAAAACUGAACUGAUAAUCAUUGUUAGUGAAAGAUUGGAGGCAUUAUAAUUGCAUAGAAGUAAAAAUUUCUUGUGAUAAACCUGAUACUAAUACAUGAAUCUAUUGGUUCAAGGAUAAAGUUUGCUAGUUUUAUCACUGCCACCAGCCUUGGAACAUAUACAGAGAAGUCCAAUUUACAGAUCAUUUUAUAAAUUCAUUCAUUUAAUACAGAAGAGGUAUAACACUUCAUGACAUAUUGUCAUCAUCCAUGAUUUUUAUAUUGUCAGGAAAGUUUGCUUUUGGAUAUAAUUAUAGGUAGCUGGAAUAAACAUUUUAGUUAAUCAUUAUAAUUGAUGGGAACAAUAAGAACAUCUCAGCUGAUAUUACAUGUUCAAAUCUUCUGGAUAUUUGUUACGACAAGGGAGAUAAUCAAUAAAAAUUGUAUGAUACUAAGAUGAUGUAUUAUAUUUUGGUGUUCAUAGAAAUAAGAGAGUUGUUUCUUGUGGAAACUUGGUGUUUGAUACUGAGAAUAUCAAUUUCAAAAUAAAGAUUAGUGAAAGAAUCUUAAAAAUUCAGUGAAUAAAUAUCCAGAAGACUUUAGCAUAGGAUCAUUGAAAUCCACUAAUAAUUAUGUAGAUCUCACAGAUUAAUAAUAUAUGUAUAGAUAUUAAACUAACUGUUUGAAUUAGGAAUCUAAGAAUUGAAAAUUAUGCUGAAACUAUUCGACUCCGAACAAACUUGUUAUAUAUUUGAGCAGUAUAAACAAUAAAUGGUUGAUUAAAUAAUAUAUCUUUUUUGUCAUAUAACAUAUGCAAAGCAAUAAUUAUUCUAUUAUGAAUAAACACAUGAAAAAAAAAUUUAAAAAUUAAUAAGAGUUAUUAAAAGAAAAUGUAGAAAUAUAUUGAUAUGCUAUUUCAGAUAUAAUAUUACAAAGUUUACGUACAGGCGUUUUUAAAUGUUGGUUUUGUGAUAAAUCUAUUAAUGACCCCUGAAAAUAAGAAAACAAGAAAAGGGUCAGUGUAAAAGUUUCUUACUAAAAGAAGACAAAUUCACUGUUCAUUCAAUAAUGAAAAUCUUCUUGGUUAUCUCCCCUUAUAUAUGUUAAGAUUAUUUAGAUAUUACAAAUACAUGUAAUUGCAAUUCUAAUACCAUGUCACUAGAAAUCUAUAUUGAUCAUUUGUGAUUUAAAGUGGUGGCCUCAAUUUUUUUUUACUCUAGCUUUACUUAUGCUUUGAGUAUUGAAAUCAAAGCUGAUUUUUGAUAGAAUUUCUUUUCAGAAAUUUUAAGCAAGAAAUUGAGUUUUUGAAGAAAAAUGAAGAUUCUGAUUUUCCUAACUCAAGCAAUUGGUUUCUUAUUGUUUAUGUAUUUACAUAUGUCUGUUGGUCAUGUUUUUUGGUUUAUUUAUUUAUUUGUACAUAGAAAUUAUUCGUUUGUUUACAGUUAGUGCUAUUGAAAUGUAAGAAUUUUGAAACUUGUUCAAUUUUUUUUCAUUAAUGCUACUUUUUGAAGAUUUUUCAAUGAAUGUAUUACUUCUGAAAUGAGCAUAUUGCUUACAUGUUAAGACAUUGUUUUGAAACCAAAUUUUGAUGAAAUAUUUGGGAAAAACAGCUUUCUUAAAAACAAACUUGAAAAAAGUUUUUCUAAUGUGGAAAGGGAGACAAUUCCACAUUCUUGUUUAAAAAAAAAAAAUUCUAUUUUUUUUUUUAUUGUGAUUAUGCCUUAAUGUAUGAUAAAUUCAGAGAGAAUUUUGUAAAUUAUGUUGACAAAUUUGUUAUAAAUGUUAAUAUUAGAUAUUAUAAUACCAAACAGUAGUUGGUUACUUUUCCAAAUCAUUAUUUGUGGUAUGUUGUCAUAUUAUUUAUGUGUCAUGUGAUGAAUUAAAUGUUGUGAUAAAUGGUUGUGUAGUUAAUAAACUGUUUUGGCUGUACCAUGGAAUAGGUCACAUGAUUAGUUCAAGUUUAUAUCAAGGAUGAAAUAACAUAUUUAAAACAAAAUUCCUACAGAAAAUUUUGAAUCGAUUAUAAAAAUAUUUGAGAGAACAUGUAUCAAAAUUUAUAAUUAACUCUUUAUUGGUUUUUCAGAAACAGAAUUUUGACUCAUGUGGUCAAUUUGCAAUGUUUUAUAGAAAAUGUAUUAUUACAAUAUCCACUUCAUGGGGACUAAUUCUAUGAUACAACUAAAAUUAGUUUAUGAUUUUUUAUGUGUUUUGUGAAUCACUAUACUCUCUAGAAGUGUACUAUGUAAGAUGUAUCUUACCACAAUCUAUAUUAGUUGAUCUUUUUUGGUCAAGAUUUAAAUUCAUUUUGUGUUAAUUGACUUAAAAUUAGUUGUCUUAGUUUCAUUUGAAUUGCCUUAAGAUAGGUGUUUAUUGUAUAAGAAUCAUAUAUGUUAGUUCUCCAUUACAAUGACCUUUUAGUUGAUAGUCAUGUCACUGGUAACAAUAUUGAAUCUCCAUAGAAUGAUCUUUAUGUUUUUAAAUUCAUUUGAUUAUAUAUUCAAGCUCCUAUAGUAAGUGCCCAAACCAUCCCUUAACUAGCAUGUUUCUUUUAUGGUGAGGUCAAAUCAAGCUGACCUUGACAAGUCUAAAGUUCAGUUUACUUUUAAUAUUCUGCAAACAUGGUACUAUUGCAAGUGUGUAGCACCAAUAAAAUGGUGGUGCUGUCCUAUUUAAGGUGGUUCCCAAUUACUAGUUUUUUAUGCAUUUGUAAUUGAACCAUACCAACCAUACAGGAUUCUUUGGCAGUGAAGUAGAUUAUCCAUAGAAAAGACCAAUAUAGAUUGUGGUGACAAUACGUAGUUGUGUCUGCAGGUAAACGUUGCUAGAUGUUUCAUGUUCACAUUUUGUCAUUUUAUUAUUUAUCAUGAUUAUUUAAUAAGGCUGUGUUCAACCUGCAGAAGUUAAAAUAAAACUAUUUAAAAUA